AUGGAGAGGUCUCUGGCUUUGGCCAAUAUGUCCAGAAACCAGGAGUUUGUCCUGCUGGGCCUGUCUGCCAGGCUGGGCGUCAGGGAUGCCCUGUUUGCCAUCUUCCUGACCCUCUACCUGCUGACACUCCUGGAGAACACGCUCGUCAUCUGCCUGGUCUGCAGGCGCAGGGAGCUCCGCAAGCCCAUGUACUUCUUCCUGGGCAACCUCAGCUGCCUGGAGGUGUGCUACGUGUCUGUGACCAUGCCCAGCCUGCUGGCGGGGCUCUGGGCUGGACCCUGCCCUGUGCCCUUCACGGCCUGCAUCGCGCAGCUUUUCUUAUUCGUCUCGUUCCUUGGUACCAAGUGCACCCUCCUGGCAGCCAUGGCCUAUGACCGCUACGCGGCCAUCUGCCGCCCACUGCACUACCCGCUGCUCAUGCGGCCCCGGGUCUGCCAGGGGUUGGCCUUGUCCUCGUGGCUUGGGGGGCUGCUGGUCUCGGUGGGCAAGACCACAUGCAUCGCCAGCCUGUCCUACUGCGGCCCCAACGUCCUCAACCACUUCUUCUGCGACGUCUCCCCUCUGCUCAACCUGUCCUGCACCCACGUGGCCCUGCCGGAGCUGGUGGACUUCCUCUCGGCCAUCGUCAUCUUCUGGGGCUCCCUCCUGGUUGCUCUGGCGUGCUACGCGGCCAUCGGCGUGGCGGUGCUCCGCAUGCGGUCCGCGGCGGCGCGCUGCAGAGCUGCGUCCACCUGCGCCUCGCACCUGCUGGUCAUGGGCGCCUUCUACGCCCUGGUCCUCUUCGCGUACUCCCGCCGCAGCCGCCUGGAGCCCACAGACCUCCACAAGGUGCUGUCGGUCGUCUACACGGUGGCCACGCCGCUGUGCAGCCCGGCGGUCUACUGCCUGCGGAACCGCGAGGUGCGCGCGGCGCUGCGGAGCGCGCUCGGCCCGCGCCGUCUCCACGUCCCGCCCGGCAGACGCGCGCGUCAGGCUCCGGGGCAGAUGGGAAGCUGUAGGAAGAUAUUCUCAACGUAA